UGUUACGGUCACACUGUAUACAUAUUCAGUGAAAAUUCUUGAGGAAGAAAUUCUAUUGAAAAUUGUAAAACUACAAUUUUGUUUCAUAUCGCCGACCAAACCGUCUUGUCGCACAGCCGCGCGAAUCGCGCGUAUUACAAAAGCAAGUGUUAUCAAUUGUCGCGUCGACCAGCAGAAGCAGCAGUAGGGAAAUUUCGUUUUCGGCCGCCGCAACUGCAAUUGUCGCGUCGCAUUACGUUUCCAGUGUUGCCACCAACUUUUCCGGGUUGAGGCCGCCGCCGGGAACAUUUUGGUAGCCAAGCCGGACCGGACGCGUUGCGGCCGGUGGGUAAUGUCCAUAACGCUGGAGCCGAUGGCCCUGUGAUUUGUUAUAUAUUGAGCCCCAACUGGAAGAUACACAUACCGUCUCGCGUAUAUUAUUUAGCCGGAAAACGGCCGAGCUGGCAACACUGCGAAGGGAACAAAAUGAAGUGACAGGGAGCGAAAAAAAGCUAGAGAAAAACCCAAGAAAAGCUGCAGAAGAAUAGUGUGACGGGGGGAAAAGUGCAAAUGCAAGGCGCUAGCGAAGAUCUCUGUUACCACCCGUUCCAUGAGGCGCAGCAGAUAGGCUUGAGGUUGAGUUUUCCGCUGUUCUGAGUGGUCGUCAUUAUCAAUCAUUAUCACCGUCAUUAUUAUCAUCAUUGGUCACCGUCAUUAGCCACCAGCCUUGAGGUGACUCUGCCGCAUUAGCUUCCUCUCGAUCUCGAUCUCUUGGAAUUCCAUCACACACACGCAAACACACACAGUUCAGUCAUGUCAUCGACCGCCGGCAAACGCAAGGAGAUCUACAAAUAUCUCGCACCAUGGCCGCUUUACUCCAUGAACUGGAGCGUCAGGCCAGACAAGCGCUUCCGGCUCGCCCUGGGCAGCUUCAUCGAGGAGUACAACAACAAGGUGCAGAUCAUCAGCCUGGACGAGGACACCAGCGAAUUUAGUGCCAAGAGCACCUUUGACCAUCCAUAUCCAACGACCAAGAUCAUGUGGAUACCCGACUCCAAGGGCGUCUAUCCAGAUUUGCUGGCAACCAGCGGUGAUUAUUUGCGUGUGUGGCGUGCCGGCGAACCGGACACACGGCUAGAGUGUGUGCUGAAUAACAACAAGAACAGCGACUUUUGCGCACCGCUCACCUCGUUCGAUUGGAACGAGGUAGACCCGAACCUGGUGGGCACCUCCUCGAUCGAUACCACCUGCACCAUAUGGGGUCUGGAGACAGGACAGCCGCAUGCGCGGGUCUAUGUGGCGGGACAUGUGAAGACACAGCUGAUAGCCCAUGACAAGGAGGUGUACGACAUAGCCUUCUCGCGGGCAGGCGGCGGCCGAGAUAUGUUCGCCUCGGUGGGGGCCGAUGGAUCCGUGCGUAUGUUUGAUUUGCGCCAUUUGGAGCACUCGACCAUUAUAUAUGAGGAUCCUGCACACACGGCUCUACUGCGGCUGGCCUGGAACAAACAGGAUCCAAACUAUUUAGCCACUGUUGCCAUGGACUCGUGCGAAGUUAUUAUUUUAGAUGUUCGUGUUCCUUGUACACCCGUUGCAAGACUGAGCAAUCACAGAGCGUGCGUCAACGGUAUUGCGUGGGCGCCGCAUAGUUCCUGUCACAUAUGCACUGCCGGUGAUGAUCACCAAGCACUGAUCUGGGAUAUACAACAAAUGCCACGCGCAAUCGAGGAUCCAAUUUUAGCCUAUACAGCUGCCGAGGGCGAAGUCAAUCAGAUCCAAUGGGGCGCCACACAGCCCGACUGGAUAGCCAUUUGCUACAACAAAGCGUGCGAGAUCCUCAGGGUUUAAGAGUCAAUUUAUAUUUAUUUAUAUAUAUUUUAAUUUUAACCCCUCCUCCCCGUCUGUGUCGGCUGAGCAACGCACACAGAAUCCACACCACACACACACACACACACACAUACUUUGCUGUUGGUUAUCCUCUGUUUUUUUUUUGUAGCAGAAGUUGAGCUUGAGUUUAAUUUUUUUUUUUGUGUCUUGUGAGGAGUAGAGGGAGCACGAGACAGGCGUAGGCGAAGGAGCUUGUAUUUUAGAGACAUCUUAGCUUAGUACACACACACACACAAGUAUAUAUAUAUAUAUAAGUCUAAAGGUAUAACCAAACUAUGUAUUUGUAUAAUUAUGCAUGUAGUUUAUUUCACAUACUGACAAAGGCAAAAAUAAGAACAAACCCCGCGAAAUCGAUUUAAGGCGCUCCCUUAAUUUAUUUUAAAGAAAAAGAUUUCAGAAACAAUGAUCCUACCUCGUUUUUUGUAACCAUUUUUUGUGUCUGGCACAGAGAGAGAGAGAGAAAGAGAGGGGCAUGGCAAGGCUUUUUCGAAAUAUUUUUCACUUUUUUUCUAUUGAGAACCAAAAAGAAAACGAACAGAAAACUGAAAACCAACCAACAAACAAACAGAAGAUGAGCAGGCAGAAGAAACAGAAGCAAAACCAUGGACUUAAGCGAAUGCAAAAAAUAAGAAAACAAAUGAAUUAAAUAAAUAAGAAUAAAAAAACAAAAAAUACUUGCAAAAAAAUAUAAAACCAAUUAAAAAGCACACACAAGACAACAAAAAAAAAAAAAACACACAGCUAACAACAAUACUAUUUAAAAAAUAACAAAAACUACAAACAAAAGCAAAAUACCGAAAUAUAUGAGCGAGAGAGAAUACAAGAUUGUUGCUAUAUCCAUUUAACGAACGAAAUAAAAACAAAACAAAAAAUA